GGGGCUGAGGCGCGCCCGCGUUGACGUGUUUGUUGUGCGCGAGCGUCGCACCUCUGUCCCGAGCCUGCCAUUGGCGCUUUCCAGUUAACCGCGUCCGACUGGCCGGGGUUCGGAGCCGAGAGAGGGGCUCGCUUAGCGGCCCCUCUCCUAGCAGCUUGGAGAGCUCCGUUAUGGCGGAGGCGAAGGGGGAGGCGGAAGGAGCCAGCGUGGCUACAGUUCCUGGUUCGGGUGUCGACGGCAAUGGUCAGUCGCCUGCAGUCGAAGGAGAGGGAGUUGGGGCGAGGGGCAAAGAGAAGGACGUGGCCGCGAAAGGAAAGGAGGCCGGCGGGGACAGCGAGGAGGACGGCGAGAAUGUGUUCGAGGUGGAGAAGAUCCUGGACAUGAAGACUGAAGGGGGUAAGGUCCUUUAUAAGGUUCGGUGGAAAGGAUACACAGCAGAUGAUGAUACCUGGGAGCCUGAGAUUCACCUUGAGGACUGUAAGGAAGUUCUUCUUGAAUUUAGGAAGAAAAUUGCAGAUAACAAAGCUAAAUCAGUGAAGAAAGAUAUCCAGAGACUGUCCUUAAAUAAUGACAUAUUUGAGGCAAACUCUGAUAGUGAUCAACAUAGUGAGACUAAAGAAGACACUUCUCCAAAGAAGAAAAAGAAAAAAGUAAGGCAUAAGGAAGAGAAAAGCCCCGAUGACCUGAAAAAGAAGAAAGCAAAGACUGGGAAACUGAAAGACAAGCCCAAACCAGACCUGGAGAGCUCCUCUGAAAGUUUGGGUUUUGAUUUAAGGACAAAGAAAAGAAUUUUGGAAGCCAAAGAAGAAUUAAAGGAAUCCAAAAAGCCCAAAAAAGAUGAUAUAAAAGAAACUAAGGAGUUAAAGAAAGUUAAAAAGGGUGAAAUAAGAGAUUUAAAGACUAAAAUAAGAGACGAUUCCAAAGAAAUUAGAAAAACAAAAAAAGAGAAAUGUGUUGAAUCUCAGGUGGACUCUGACCUGGGUGUACUUAGUGAUUCUCCCCUUCAGGAAGAGGACUGUGAAGAUUUCCAGGUUGACAACAGAGAGGAGAAGCAGAAGUUUAGAGGUGCUAAAGAUAAAGCUGAGCAAGAAGCCAGUCUAGAUCCUGCUUCUGAUAUACAGCAGGAUGGCAGUGUAAGUGCUGAUGAGGACGAGGUCAAAGCAAGGAGGAAAAAAAAGAAACCGAGAAGGACAGAGGAGCUUAAAGAGAGCAAAAAGCUAGAAAACAAGAACGUCUUCUUAGAGAAGAAAACUACACAGAAAAAGCAAAGGAAUCAAGACAAAGGCCAAAGCAGCACAGAGUUGGAUAAGUCGGUGCCUGCCUCUGCCCUGACACCGCCGAGGAUGUCCAGGCCCACAGACUCCCCGGGGGAGGAGAGAGAGACCAAAAAAUACGAACCCAAAGAAAAAUACCAGAAAAGGCAAGACUUGGACAAGGAAGAAAAAGGCCGAAAAGAGCCCAAGGCAUUAAAGAUAGCAUUUAAGGAAAUCAGAAAUGCAUUUGAUUUGUUUAAAUUAACUCCAGAAGAAAAAAAUGAUUUUCCUGAGAAUAAUCGGAAAAGAGAUGAAAUACCACCAGACUGUAAAGUCACAGAAGACCACAAAGCCAAGGAAAACAAGCCGUUACUUAAAGAAAGAAGAAAUACAAGAGAUGAGACUGACACGUGGGCAUAUAUAGCUGCAGAAGGUGACCAAGAAGUUCUGGACAGCGCAAGCCGAGCAGAGGAGAGUCCUGGUGAGGAUGGCAGACAGCAGGUUCUGAGUCUGGGCAUGGAUCUGCAGCUGGAGUGGAUGAGACUGGAGGACUUCCAGAAGCAUCUUGAUGGAGAAGAUGAGAAUGUUACUACAGCGGAUGUGAUUCCAAGCAAUUUAUUGAGGGAUGCUGUGAAAAAUGGGGAUUAUGUUACUGUGAAGGUUGCACUUAAUUCAAGUGAAGAAUAUAACCUGGACCAAGAGGAUUCAAGCGGGAUGACACUGGUGAUGCUCGCAGCUGCAGGAGGGCAGGACGACCUGCUGAGGCUGCUCCUCAGGAAGGGGGCGAAGGUGAAUGGUCGGCAGAAGAACGGGACUACGGCACUCAUCCACGCCGCUGAGAAGAACUUUUUAACUACUGUGGCUAUUCUCUUGGAAGCAGGAGCUUUUGUAAACGUCCAGCAGAACAAUGGUGAGACGGCACUAAUGAAGGCUUGUAAAAGAGGAAACUCGGACAUCGUCCGGCUGGUCAUUGAAUGUGGAGCUGACUGCAAUAUUCUGUCAAAGCACCAGAACAGUGCGCUGCAUUUUGCAAAGCAGUGCAACAACGUGCUGGUGUACGACCUGCUGAAGAGCCACUUAGAGACACUUUCUAGAGUAGCUGAAGAAACUAUCAAGGAUUACUUUGAAGCACGUCUUGCACUACUGGAACCAGUCUUCCCAAUAGCAUGCCAUCGCCUCUGUGAGGGGCCAGAUUUCUCGAUGGAUUUCAAUUACAGACCCCCACAGACUAUACCAGAAGGCUCUGGCGUCCUGCUGUUUAUCUUCCAUGCAAAUUUUCUGGGUAAAGAGGUCAUUGCUCGCCUCUGUGGACCAUGUAGUGUACAAGCUGUUGUUUUAAAUGAUAAAUUUCAACUUCCUGUUUUUCUGGACAGUCAUUUUGUUUACUCGUUCAGCCCUGUGGCAGGCCUCAAUAAAAUGUUCAUAAGACUGACGGAAGCACCUUCUGCUAAGGUUAAAUUGCUAAUAGGUGCAUACAGAGUACAGCUACAGUGACCAGCAAGAAUUGGAAGAGUUACUCUUAAGACCUGUUUCUAAUUACUCUUUGAAGCAAUUUGGAAUUCUGGCACAGCUAACAUUUCCAAAUUUAAAGUUUCUUCUGUAAGCCUCUUGCAUUGAAGGCCAGUCAUCUGUUAUAGUCUGUUGAGAUGGGACACAGUGGGUCUAACAUAAAACACAGAUGUAAGUAUUUGUGCAAGUGUUCUGAAUCUCAGUGUUGUGUCCAGACUAUGUUUUUCCACAAUGUGGAAUGGUACAUAUGAGGAUUAUUUUAAAAAAUUAAAAAAAAAUUUUUUUUUAAGUUGAAAAUUUUUUUUACUAGCCCUAGUGAAUUUUUGUGUUAAAAAGCCCCAGCAGGAAUGUUACAUUAAGUUACCCAGGCACUAAGAUAAGGUGUGAGUUUGCAGCCCUCAAAGUAGGACAAAUCUAAAGAAAACUCGAGAAAGGUUUGACCUUUCCAACAAGCUGUUGACAUUGAUCCUGAGUAAGUGACAGCUUUAUAUAUGUGCAGUUAUCCUUUAUUGUUUGCAAAGAAAAUAAACCAGAAUCUGAGGUAUAGCAGAAAAAAACAAACUGGGACAUUACAUGAGGCGUAAAAGGUGAUACUACAUGUGAACUGUAACCUUGUGCUUGGACCCAAGUCAUCAGAUGGUCUGUGCUCUGAAUGCUGGGAAGACCAGCCACACUGAGCCUCCUGUCAAGUGAUUUCCCACAGGUCUAAGGCUUCCAUUCUUUCAAGAAAUAGUUGGCAAACUAAUAAAGCAAGAUGUCUGGAUUAUAGAAAUGUAUAAAAUCUUUAAGUCCAAUUGGUUAUAUACGGAGUUAAAUUUUAAUGAAAAAUUUUCAGAAAUGUCUGGGUUCCAGAACCCCAUCAGAUACCAAGGAUGCUUAAGUCCUUUAUAUGAAAUCAUAUGUUGUAUCUGCAUUUAACCCCUUUGAGUCCCACCUUUUACUUUUAAUCAUCUCUGGACUAACAGUUUCUAAAACAAAGUAAAUGGCUAGGUGUUAAUGUUAAUUCUAUGUAGAGGGUUCCUGGUGUGCCUUUGGGGAACUUUUUUCUGCCCUAGACGCAGGCAGAACCUGUGGAUACUUAGAGCAAACCACAUACACUGUCUAGAUAUUUCAGGGUUAAACUGACUUUUCCUACAGUGUCCUCAAUAAAACACAACAUUUGUCUAUUUUCUAUCUCAAGUCUCAGGACUUCAACAAAAAGGUGAUGUGAAAUGUCUGGUUUAGCAAUAGCAAUACCUGCGUUAGACUUUUCAACUGUAUUGUAUCCUGUACUCCUCUGCAUCUGACUUCACAGCUGCGAGAUCUGUCAGCAGCAGUGCUCUUGGUCCAGGAUUGUAAGAGAAGUGAGUUUUUAAAGAACAUUCCCAAUAUCAUAAGAGCACACCUUUAUAAGAGCACUGGGAAUAUAACCACUUGUAGAGCCAUACAGGUUAAUAUAGUUUUCAUCUAAAUUCACUUCUGUCUAUAGCAGGUGAACCUAAACAGAUGUGCCCUUGGGUGGGGAAAUUCUGACCCUUGAGGCUUCAGGAUGAUGAGGUCUUGAACCUCUCAACUGCCAACUGACAAGGCAGCUAAUCAGAUCAGAUCCUUCAGGUAAUACUUCCAUAUGUGUGUAUAAUGAUUGCUCUGAAAAACCCAAUUCUCAAGGAGUACCCUUAUCAAAGGUUUGCAGAUUUGCUGCUACUGCUGCGAGUAGAAACCAAAGCCAUCUCAAGCCCCAUAACUACAACUGGGCUUAGGGCCACAGAUCAUCUCAACUACAAACGGGAUUGCAUUGCUCAUUACCCAGACUCACUGAAGAGCCAUUAGUACACAUUUUUCUACUUCAGUUUUCUCUUAACUCUAAAACCCGUGACUCCUCAGCAAUUACUACUUUCCAGUGUAUAUACUGAGGUAAGGACAUAAUGCAAACUUGAGUCCAUUUUAACCUACCAGAGACCUGGUCAACUCUCAUGAAUGUGGCUGCAACAGAAAGCACAUUAUAUAUCCUUGUUUACGGUACCAGCACCAAAGAGAAGCAUCUAAUAUACCUACCAAUAAAUGUGGCUGGAUGGGGAGUUACUGCCUUUGCUAGACAUUCUCAUCUUAAAUUUGUAGAAUUUCUUCAGUGGAAUGUCAGGAAGUUUCAAUUGGAAGCCCAAGUGUUACUUUUAAAAUUCUACUUGGAACUGUUACACUUCCAGAGUUAAGUCAUAUGAGAAUUUGCUAGUUUAUUUAGUAGUAAGACUUUAGCAUACAGAAAGUUGACAGACUUUAGAGUGUUUUAUGAUUAAUGCCUUAUAGUAUCUUUGCAACCGUAGGAUAUAGAUAUGAGAAUAACAAAAAGUGAUCUAUAAAAUAAGAAUUCAGAAAAAUUUGAGACUUUCCUGGCAGUCCAGUGGUUAAGACUCCAUGCUUCCAAUGCAGGGGGUGAAGGUUCAAUCCCCGAUCAGGGAAUUAAGAUCCCACAUGGCCAAAUAUAUAAAGUCUUAAGAGAAUUUAGAAAAUUUUCAUGAAUGUAGUAAAAUCUGUUUUACAGCAUAAAACAGUAUAAACCCUUUUAAGUCAUUCUGAAAAACAUUGCUAGGUAAGCUCAGGACAAUGAGGGCGUCUACACCACUUCCCUCUGCCGAUCUGUAAGCAAUGAAGCUCUUUUCCAGGCUUGACUUCUCCCAACUGGUACAAAAGAGCUUUACUCGUGGGCUGGAAAAUGGUAAUAACAACAUAUAAGUAGUUCCUUUAUCUUGAGGACUAACCCAAAAUUGUAAGUUACUUGGGGUAUUUUUUUUUUUUAACCUACACCACUUUCUAGUUCCAGGGGGUGGGGGCUGGGUCUGUGGUAGUCAGUCAGUGUGCCAGGGAAAGGUAUACAAUUGAGGAAAACAAACCUGGAUAAACUGUCAUGACUGCUCAUCUAUCCACAGGUUGUUUAUAACGGAGUGGUAAUAAAUUGAAAAAUAAAACAA